AUGGAGAAGAUGGCUGCACUUACUACUAUUCACACCUCCCUCUUCCCCACCAACACCACUCUUCCAAAGACAUCCGCUUUUCAACCCUUCUUCCAUACCCAACUUCUUGGCCUACCCUUAUCUUCUUCCUUUUCCGCCGCCAAAAGAUUAUCUUCCUCCACUUGCAGGCCCAUUAAAUGUUCCGUUUCAGAAGCCACAGAACCCAAAACUGAGAAGAAGAGGCAAUUGCUAAGAAGAGCGGACGUGAGAAAUAUAGCAAUUGUUGCUCAUGUUGAUCAUGGAAAAACUACUCUCGUUGAUGCCAUGCUCAAACAAACUAAGGUAUUUCGUGACAAUCAAUUUGUUCAGGAGAGGAUAAUGGACUCGAAUGAUUUGGAGCGCGAAAGAGGGAUCACAAUACUGAGUAAAAAUACAUCUGUCACCUAUAAAGACACAAAGAUCAAUAUAAUAGACACUCCAGGUCACUCUGAUUUUGGGGGUGAAGUGGAGCGUAUCUUAAAUAUGGUGGAAGGGAUCCUUCUAGUGGUAGAUUCUGUUGAAGGACCAAUGCCACAGACAAGAUUCGUCUUGAAGAAGGCUUUAGAGUUUGGUCAUUCAGUUGUCGUGGUUGUGAAUAAGAUAGAUAGGCCUUCUGCUCGCCCAGAUUUUGUUGUCAAUUCUACUUUUGAACUCUUCAUUGAACUAAAUGCCACAGACGAACAGUGUGACUUUCAAGUGAUAUAUGCAAGUGGUAUAAAAGGGCAAGCAGGGUUGUCUCCAGAAAAUCUGGCAGAAGACCUUGGUCCAUUGUUUGAAUCCAUCAUUAGAUGCAUUCCUGGACCACGCAUUGACAAAGAUGGUGCACUUCAAAUGCUGGUGACGAAUAUUGAGUAUGAUGAACAUAAAGGGCGUAUAGCAAUCGGGCGCGUGCAAGCUGGAGUUUUAGCAAAAGGCAUGGAUGUUCGCGUAUGUACUUCAGAUGAUUCAUGUAGAUUUGGAAGAGUUAGUGAGCUCUACGUGUAUGACAAAUUCAGUAGGGUUCCUGCUGAUAAUGUGGAGGCAGGUGAUAUAUGUGCAGUGUGUGGAAUUACUGACAUUCAGAUUGGGGAGACAAUUGCUGAUAAAGUAUCUGGGAAGCCACUACCUUCUAUCAAGGUCGAAGAACCAACAGUGAAAAUGUCUUUCUCCAUAAACACUUCACCUUUUGUUGGCCGUGAGGGAAAGUAUGUUACUAGUAGGAAUUUAAGAGAUAGGCUUUAUCGUGAACUUGAGCGAAAUCUGGCUAUGAAAGUUGAAGAUGGUGAAACAGCGGAUACAUUUGUUGUCAGUGGGCGUGGAACUUUGCAUAUCACUAUACUCAUAGAAAAUAUGCGAAGAGAAGGAUAUGAAUUCAUGGUUGGGCCUCCCAAAGUUAUCAACAAGAAGGUGAAUGAACAACUGUUGGAACCAUACGAGAUUGCAACUGUGGAGGUGCCAGAAGAGCACAUGGGAGCUGUAGUUGAACUUCUUGGCAAGAGACGAGGACAAAUGUUUGAUAUGCAAGGAGUUGGAUCGGAAGGAACUACACUACUCAAAUAUAAGAUCCCGACCCGUGGCCUUCUUGGAUUGCGGAAUUCAAUCUUAACUGCUUCUCGAGGAACGGCUAUUCUGAACACCGUCUUCGACAGCUAUGGGCCAUGGGCUGGUGACAUUAGUACUCGUGAUCAAGGCUCAUUGGUUGCUUUUGAGGAUGGAGCAAGUACUUCUUAUGCAAUCUCUAGUUCACAGGAGAGGGGACAGAUGUUUAUUGGCCCUGGUGUGGAAGUUUAUAAAGGUCAAAUUGUUGGCAUCCAUCAGCGACCUGGGGACUUGUCCUUGAAUGUUUGUAAGAAGAAAGCUGCUACCAACAUUCGUUCCAACAAGGAACAAACAGUGAUUCUUGAUACACCAUUGGAUUAUAGUCUGGAUGACUGCAUUGAAUACAUCCAAGAAGAUGAACUUGUAGAGGUCACCCCCGCAAGUAUCCGAAUGUGCAAGAAUCCAAAAAUAGCAAAGAAAACAAGGUAG